UCUUCGGGGUACGAGCCUUAUCGAAACUAAAUUAUUUUUUUUGAAUUUUUCUCAUGUUAAUGCAGUCUGCCUUUGCAUGUAUCGGUAACACUGUCCAUAUGGUUUACCAACCUUUUGAUUUAGGGAAGCGAUCUUGUAAUAAAAACCGUUGUUCCUGCACUUUGGAAUACGCAUGUCUUUUAACUAGCUGUUGAUUGCCUUAACGCGCUAAUAUGGACGAUGGAUGUUGUAACCAGUGUCACUUACCAAAUAAUCAUAAAAAUCCCGGAUAUGUGCAUCCCUGCGCCGCCAGCUUAUCGUUCCUUGGAUGCACAUGCAGUUCCCACCGGCGCGUCUGUCUGUGCCAUAAGACACUGCGGGAACGAGCUGUGGAUAUAAACAAGCUCAUGGCAAUUAACUGUGCACUGGUUUUCCUUCGCAUUGCCGUCGUUACACUGGCUACCGUAUACAGCAAAGGCUAUGCCUUUCCCAAAACGGACGAGAAAGACCGUGCUUAUGUGCAGCGCCUCGUUUUGUGCGCCAUGAACAUUCCCUCGUUUCCGUUUGGUGUGUUCCCGCUUAUUUCGCAAACUGUUGCCGUGUUGCUCUUGGCGACAGUGAGAAAAUUCCCCGGAAAUUUUUCACAUUAUCCACUACAAACGGCCAUGUCCUAUGAUUUGUCAGCUGUAAAAGCCGUCAAUCUCUGCGGUAUUCUAAACCAGACAGCGAUUUUCAGCAGCUACCCUCCCGUGCUACAAUCGGCCUUCACGGUUUAUUUUAGUUUCUGGUAUCAUUUUCUUGAGGUCCGUGAUACUGAGCUCCUGGAAGGCCAACACCGCAUCCUGCUCUUCAUACUGGCUUUGGAAACGGUCGGCUACUUGGCCAGCCAUUAUUGCCACCAGGAUACCGUCGCCUUGCGAACGGCGAUUCUUACGAAGUGGUACACGGACAAAACGAGGGCUUGCCCUGGUCGUCGCGUUCCGGUACCCCCGGAAGAUGUCAUCCAGCGUGUUCUUGUAUGCUGCGCUGAAAAUCGAUAUUAAGACUGAUCUCUGCGCCGAAUUACCUGAAUCGGACACAAGAAAAAGAUAAAAAUACCGUUACAUACGUGACGCAUAUGGUGCUAUUAGUGUGUUUUUUUGCCAUUUUCCUACGGUUUAUGACCGCUGACCACGACGCUUCCCUGUUGUGUGUCUGAGUCACAAGUCUGUUGAAUAAGAUGUCGCCGUAUGACUCACAACAAUUUUCUUCCUAUCCACGCUAAGUUGCUAACAAUGUCGGUUUAAAGCACCGAACGGCGUAAUCCGAGUGAUUUCCUAUACAAUAUCAAUGUUUC